ACCUGUCCAGACCCAACAGAAUCCCUAACCACGCGUUUCCCUUUACCCUCUUCCCUUUUAUCAAACACCGAUACACAUCUUCGUAGAACAUCGUCGCCAUUCUCAACCGCAAACUGUGACAAUACGACUGAAGCUGAGAAUUUUGAAGGACAGUAAAUCAAAUAAAUCAAAAUGUCUUCCCUUGCAGCAGCUAGAGCUGACAACUUCUACUAUCCCCCUGAAUGGGACCCAAGUCAGGGUUCCCUGAACAAGUUCCAUGGUCAACAUGCCUUGAGAGAGAGAGCCAGGAAGAUAGAUCAGGGUAUUCUGAUUAUAAGGUUUGAGAUGCCUUUUAAUAUAUGGUGUGGAGGAUGCAAUUCUAUGAUUGCGAAGGGUGUGCGAUUCAAUGCUGAGAAAAAGCAAGUUGGAAAUUAUUAUUCCACAAAGAUAUGGAACUUCACCAUGAAGUCUGCAUGCUGUAAACAUGAGAUUGUCAUCCAAACUGAUCCAAAAAAUUGCGAGUAUCUUAUCAUCAGUGGUGCUCAGAAAAAAACUGAGGAUUUUGAUGUUGAGGAUGCAGAAACUUUUGAAUUACCUGCCGAUGAAGUGAAAGGGAAGCUUGCAGAUCCCUUUUACCGCCUUGAACACCAGGAAGAAGACUUGAAAAAGAAGAAGGAAGCUGAACCAGUUCUUGUGCGUCUACAGCGACUAUCUGAUUCCAGACAUGCAGAUGACUAUGCCCUGAAUAAGAGUCUCAGGGCCCGACUUAGAAAUCAAAAGAAAAGAGUUGCUGAGGAAGAGGCUGCUUCCAGGAAAAGGGGCUUUGGCAUACGACUGCUUCCAGCCUCAGAAGAAGAUGCUGCUGCCGCAGCAAAAGUGAAAUUUUCGGGUAAAUUUGACAAAAAUAGGAGGGACAAGAGGGCAUUGAUCAAUGCUUCAUCCAUUUUCGCUGGAUUGUCUUCGUCUUCCAUGACCGAUAAGAGGAGACUGGAGCUGGAGUCUAAAAGAAGAAAAAUUUGUGCUGGUGAAACCUCUAGCUUACUGGCUGGUAGAUUUAAGCAGUCAUCUUGGUCACAGAGUGAAGUCAAGUCAAGUAAGCAAAAACUGUCCUCCGUGAAUGCAAAGCGUUAGAGAACAGAUGAAUUUUUUGGGGAGUUUGACCCUCAAUGUCAAUGGUGGUGAUCUUCGGAAGUUACAGUGCCUUGUAUAUAUAAGUUGCUGAAUAAGAUUUUUUGUUUUGUUAACGCAGUCCAUCGUUUUAGAAACUUUAGGUGAGAGUAUAUAGUUUUGUAAUAGAUAUAAACCUACACGGGGGGAUUAAAAUGUGUAAAUUUUUCAUAAAAUAAUUCUACAAAUGACAUUUUAAAAAUGAAUGAAAAGUUUAUUUUUAUUUAGUUA